AUCACGGCAAGAUCUCCUGCAAUUACGGAUAGCCUUUUUAGCUGACAAAAGGAACGUGCACCCAAUCGGUCCAACUAACAUCCGGAUCCAACAAAGCAAUAGAAAUACACAGAACAUUAGGACUUAUGACUUUAGUAGCCGGCUCUUAACAUAGGAGAGGGCUAUAUCCUUGCAUUAGCUUACGCAGGCUCCAAAAGCCUGGUUUAAUAGCCUCGAAGAACGGCUAAAUCCUCAGUGAAGUAGAAAAAGAAAUAGGCUGUGGUUGCACAUCCACAAAUUACAAAAAUGAAUGUUCUGUAUGGAAUGGGCAGAAUUGCACAACAAUCGCUGCGUCGCAACAUUUGUACCGCAAGUACACUCCGGUCAACGUAUGAGAGCGAUGGGAAAACGUCGGUCACUAUUCUGAACAAAGAGGCCGACGCUGGGUUGAUGAUAAACUCGUACAGCCAAUACGGUUUCCGCCUGAACAACGAUAUGGUUGUGCUAGGCCCGAUGGCUCUCUUCUCACGCACCGUGCUCUCGUGGAACGUGGAAAGCCACGAGGACAUCAACGACGCAUCCCUUAGCCUUUUCUGUGCCAUUGAACCAAAGAUCGAUGUGCUCGUCGUUGGUAUCGGUGAUCAAACGAUUACGCCCACGUUUUCGCGCAAAAUCAUCGAUUUCAUGAAACGCUACAAAAUCAACGUGGAAGUACUGGGAACGGAGCAGGCCUGUGCGACGUUCAAUUUUCUGAACGCCGAAAAUCGAGUCGUCGCGGCCGCCUUAAUACCACCGAUCACCAUGCGGCUAACCGAGGACGACUUGAUGCAGAGGCAGAUAUCGAUAAGCAAAACGUUCGAAGUCUCCGACAAGUAAUAGGCACAGUUUGAUUGUGACUACUUCCGCAAAGUAGCGUUUGUCUGUACAUACUAAGUUUAGAGAUGCUUGAAAUACAGAUGUAGAAUGAAAGACAAGAGAAGAGGUUGGAUUAAAGUAAUGCUUUUA